AUGGGGACCCAGUGCACGAACAUCACCGCAAUUAACGGAGAUACGAUUGAUUUUCAGAGCUCGUUCACAGUCGAGCCUUACGAUUCGGUGGUCAAGUCGAUGUCGAUUGUCCAAUACUCGUUUAAGUCUAUUGCGCUUUCUAACAUCAAUUCAAUUCCCUCCAAAAUGAAGUUUACUAUCAGACAUGAUGAUAAAACUGUCCUGUUUGUCGCUUACACACUUAACCUAUGGUCACAGGCCGGAAAGUCCUUUGGAGUCUCGCUGUAUCUUGAAACUGUAGGAAAUGUUGUGAUACCGUCCAACUAUUCGAAGCUCCGCGAAGUUACCGUUUUGGGCAUUGAAUGCAAUGUGUUCUCUGGACAAAACAAAUUCAAUGUCGAUGAGUUCAUAAUUGUGGCUAAAAAGGUGGAUCGGGAUCUCGAAAUUGAUUUGAAACCGUUCCUCAAUAUGCUUCAGCAGUGGACCGAGAUUCGGUCAGACUUUCUACUGUCUGAUGUGUCUCUCACAACUCAAAUCAUUGGUGGUUCUGGCAGAGUGACCGUGAAUCAUUUGUCGAUUUCUGUCAAUGCUAGAAACAUGUAG